AUGUAUAGAAGAAGAGACUAUUUAUCGGGUAGUGUAAGCUUUCCUAAUGGAAAUGCACAGCUACGUACUGAUGAAUCUUUUAAUUUAUAUUUAAAUGAAGAACACCAUAUUGGAGUAUCCCCAUUAUUAGGAAUAUCGGGUCUGGGACUAGUUUCAUCAAUCCCUUUAGAUUAUAUGCAUUUAUGUUGUCUGGGAAUCAUGAAAAAAAUGUUACAUCUUUUAAUUAGAGGUAGUACUGUUCCAAAUGCUUGUGGCUCGGUUCGGGUAUCAAAAUCACAAAUUGAACGAAUAUACAAUCGAAUGAAAAUUAUAACAAAAUGUUUAAGUUCUGAUUUUUCUCGGAUUCCUAUAAAUGAUUAUAAAACCUUUAAAGCUACAGAAUUCCGUCAAAUAAUGAUGUACACUGGACCUUAUAUUUUCAAGAACAUAGUUAGUCAACCAGUUUAUAAUAAUUUUGUGAUAUUUAAUAUUUUGAUGCGGCUCUUGAGUUGCCAUACAACUGUGUAUAGUCAAAAUGAUUAUGCAAAAAGUCUUGCAAAAUAUUUUUUAAAAACAUUUUGUGAUGUUUAUGGUAAAGGGAACGCCUCGUAUAAUGUACAAUCAAUAAUUCAUUUGGUUAAAGAUGCAAAAAAAUAUGGAGUUGUUGACAAUUUUUCAUCAUUUCCAUAUGAAAAUUACCUACAACAUAUUAAAAAAAUUGUUCAACCUGGUCGAGCUCCUUUAGUGCAAUUAUAUAAUAGAAUUGUAGAAGAACGUGAAUGUAAUAUUACUCGUGGAUUAUAUAUCAAUUUUCCUGUCUUAUAUGGAUGUCAUUCUAAAGGACCAUUACAAAGUAGUAUAUUGAAUAAAUCAAUAUUACAAUAUUCAACUUUAAUUAUGAAAUUGUUUACCAUUUGA